AGCAAGAGCUGACAGGCCCCAUUCACUGCAGAGACACAUGUUGUUGAGAUCAGAGCUCAACCCGGCCUCAUUUAUAAGGAAGUGAAACUCAGACAGUCGUUGUCACUGAGAGGUGAAAUGGCGCAGAAAGGAGUUCAGCUGGACCGAGAAACCUUCUCUUGUUCCAUCUGUCUGGAUCUACUGAAGGAUCCGGUGACUACUCCCUGUGGACACAGCUACUGCAUGAACUGUAUUAAAAGCUACUGGGAUGAAGAGGAUGAGAAGAAAAUCCACAGCUGCCCUCAGUGUAGGCAGACCUUCACACCGAGGCCUGUCCUGGUAAAAAACACCAUGUUAGCAGUUUUAGUGGAGGAACUGAAGAAGACUGGACUCCAAGCUGCUCCUGCUGAUCUCUGCUAUGCUGGACCUGAAGAUGUGGCCUGUGAUGUCUGCACUGGGAGAAAACUGAAAGCCCUCAAGUCCUGUCUGUUCUGUCUGGCAUCUUACUGUGAGAAACACCUCCAGCCUCACUUUGACUCACUUACCUUUAAGAAACACAAGCUGGUGGACCCCUCCAAGAAGCUCCAGGAGAACAUCUGCUCUCGUCAUGAUGAGGUGAUGAAGAUCUUCUGCCGCACUGAUCAGCAGACCAUCUGUAUUUUGUGCUCCAUGGAUGAACAUAAAGGCCACGACACAGUCUCAGCUGCAGCAGAAAGGACUGAGAGGCAGAGAGAGCUCGAGGUGAGUCGACAAAACAUCCAGCAGAGAAUCCAGGACAGAGAGAAAGAUGUGAAGGAGCUUCAACGGCAGGUGGAGGCUAUCAAUCGCUCUGCUGAUAAAGCAGUGGAGGACAGUGAGAAGAUCUUCACUCAGCUGAUCCGUCUCAUGGAGAAAAGAAGCUCUGAUGUGAAGCAGCAGGUCAGAUCCCAGCAGGAAACUGAAGUGAGUCGAGUCAAAGAGCUUCAGGAGAAGCUGGAGCAGGAGAUCACUGAGCUGAAGAGGAAAGACGCUGAGAUGAAGAAGCUGUCACACACAGAGGACCACACCCAGUUUCUACACAACUACCCCUCACUGUCAGCACUCAGUGAAUCUACAUCCAGCAUCAAUAUCCGUCCUCUGAGGUACUUUGAGGAUGUGACAGCGGCUGUGUCAGAGCUCAGAGAUAAACUACAGGACGUUCUGAGGGACAAAUGGACAAACGUCUCACUGACAGUGACUGAAGUGGAUGUUUUACUGUCACAACCAGAGCCCAAGACCAGAGCUGGAUUCUUACAAUAUUCACGUGAACUCACACUGGAUCCAAACACAGCAAACACACAGCUGUUAUUAUCUGAGGGGAACAGAAAAGUAACAUACAUGAGUCAACAACAGUCUUAUUCUAGUCACCCAGACAGAUUCACUAAAAGGUAUCAGGUCCUGAGUAGAGAGAGUCUGACUGGACGUUGUUACUGGGAGGUGGAGAGGAGAGGGAGAGUUUAUGUAGCAGUCGCAUACAAGAAUAUCAGCAGAGCAGGGAUCUCGAAUGAAUGUGUAUUUGGAUUCAAUAACAAAUCUUGGUCAUUAUAUUGUGACAAUAACAGUUAUAACUUUAGGUACAACAAUGUCAAAACUCCUGUCUCAGGUCCUCAGUCCUCCAGAGUUGGAGUGUAUCUGGAUCACAGUGCAGGUAUUCUGUCCUUCUACAGCGUCUCUGAAACCAUGACUCUCCUCCACAGAGUCCAGACCACAUUCACUCAGUCUCUCUAUGCUGGACUUCGUUUAUCGUUCUGGUCUGUUGGAGACACUGCUGAGUUCCAUAAACUGAAAUCAGCGAGAAAAAAGUACGACCUGAAAUUCAAGCUGUCCGUUGUCAAAUUUGCCGAACAAAAUAAAGCUGAACUUCAACGUCUGUCGGAGGAAGACAGUAAAAGGGCGAGACUGCGCGGUGGAGGGAGGAAGAAGUCUAGUGAAGAGCUGGAGCUACAAGUGUGUGAGUGGAUCCACAGCAUGCGGGCACGACACCUCAGAGUUUCCCGCAAGAUGACCAGGAAGAAGGCUAAAGAAAUCCACGCCACGGCCCCAUUCACUGCAGAGACACAUGUUGUUGAGAUCAGAGCUCAACCCGGCCUCAUUUAUAAGGAAGUGAAACUCAGACAGUCGUUGUCACUGAGAGGUGAAAUGGCGCAGAAAGGAGUUCAGCUGGACCGAGAAACCUUCUCUUGUUCCAUCUGUCUGGAUCUACUGAAGGAUCCGGUGACUACUCCCUGUGGACACAGCUACUGCAUGAACUGUAUUAAAAGCUACUGGGAUGGAGAGGAUGAGAAGAAAAUCCACAGCUGCCCUCAGUGUAGGCAGACCUUCACACCGAGGCCUGUCCUGGUAAAAAACACCAUGUUAGCAGCUUUAGUGGAGGAACUGAAGAAGACUGGACUCCAAGCUGCUCUUGCUGAUCUCUGCUAUGCUGGACCUGAAGAUGUGGCCUGUGAUGUCUGCACUGGGAGAAAACUGAAAGCCCUCAAGUCCUGUCUGGUCUGUCUGGUUUCUUACUGUGAGAAACACCUCCAGCUUCAUUAUGAUGUGGCUCAGUUUAAGAAACACAAGCUGGUGGACCCCUCCAAGAAGCUCCAGGAGAACAUCUGCUCUCGUCAUGAUGAGGUGAUGAAGAUGUUCUGCCGUACUGAUCAGCAGUGUAUCUGUUAUCUCUGCCCUGUGGAUGAACAUAAAGGCCACGACACAGUCUCAGCUGCAGCAGAAAGGACUGAGAGGCAGAGAGAGCUCGAGGUGAGUCGACAAAACAUCCAGCAGAGAAUCCAGGACAGAGAGAAAGAUGUGAAGGAGCUUCAACGGGAGGUGGAGGCUAUCAAUCGCUCUGCUGAUAAAGCAGUGGAGGACAGUGAGAAGAUCUUCACUCAGCUGAUCCGUCUCAUGGAGAAAAGAAGCUCUGAUGUGAAGCAGCAGGUCAGAUCCCAGCAGGAAACUGAAGUGAGUCGAGUCAAAGAGCUUCAGGAGAAGCUGGAGCAGGAGAUCACUGAGCUGAAGAGGAAAGACGCUGAGAUGAAGAAGCUGUCACACACAGAGGACCACACCCAGUUUCUACACAACUACCCCUCACUGUCAGCACUCAGUGAAUCUACAUCCAGCAUCAAUAUCCGUCCUCUGAGGUACUUUGAGGAUGUGACAGCGGCUGUGUCAGAGCUCAGAGAUAAACUACAGGACCUUCUGAGGGACAAAUGGACAAACGUCUCACUGACAGUGACUGAAGUGGAUGUUUUACUGUCACAACCAGAGCCCAAGACCAGAGCUGGAUUCUUACAAUAUUCACGUGAACUCACACUGGAUCCAAACACAGCAAACACACAGCUGUUAUUAUCUAAGGGGAACAGAAAAGUAACAUUCAUGAGUCAACAUCAGUCUUAUUCUAGUCACCCUGACAGAUUCACUGGAUGUGUUCAGGUCCUGAGUAGAGAGAGUCUGACUGGACGUUGUUACUGGGAGGUGGAGUGGAGAGGGGGAGGAGUUGGUGUAGCAGUCGCAUACAAGAAUAUCAGCAGAGCAGGGAGCUGGAAUGAAUGUUUUUUUGGACACAAUAACAAAUCUUGGUCAUUAUAUUAUUACAAUAACAGUUAUAACUUUUAUUACAACAAUGUCCAAACUCCUGUCUCAGGUCCUCAGUCCUCCAGAGUUGGAGUGUAUCUGGAUCACAGUGCAGGUAUUCUGUCCUUCUACAGCGUCUCUGAAACCAUGACUCUCCUCCACAGAGUCCAGACCACAUUCACUCAGUCUCUCUAUGCUGGACUUUGUCUUUAUCUUGAAUCCACUGCUGAGUUCUAUAAACUGAAAUAGACAGAAGUCAUUUCAGGGACUUUGUGUUAAACUCUGAGUUUGAAUCCUUAAACUGAUUUUGUCUUCAUGUUUGUUGCUGAGAGCUGAUUGUUGUGGCGUUUCUUCACUGCACAGAGAUCAGCUGUCAAUCAAACAUUGUGGGCGGUACUUUGACAUCUUCUCAUUAGUUGUCCUGUAAAUGUUUGAGUGUGUUUAGGUGGCGCUCCUUCCUGUGUCUGUUCAGCCAUACAUUUUUUGGUGUAGUAAUAUUUAUUAGGUUAACUGUCACAAUUGUUAUUUUCUAAUUGUAAGUAUCAGUGAGAACUGGAAUUAUUCAAGUAAAACUAUAUAUGUCUUUCAUGUAAUAAAUAAACUGUGUGGGAAGAGUAA